AUGCUUACUUUAAUUUUAUUCUUCUUGCUCCUGAAUACUCCGCUCCUCGUCAGUUUCACUCAUCCCAGGUGUUUUUGGAGAAUGAGGCAGAAUGAAGAGAAGGGUGAACACCUGAGAACAGAUUGUGUCUUCACAUUUGGAGUAGUGAAAGGGCCGGUGGAGAAGGAGUACUUCAGCAGGAUUCUCAAUACACAGACAAGUAAUGAAAAUCACCAAUUUGCUCUGGCCUUGGCUUUUUCUGUGGAUGAAGUCAACAGGAACCCUGAUCUUUUACCAAAUAAGUCUUUAGUAUUUGAGUUCCCAUUUCACAGUUGUAAAAGUCACUCACAAUUAACCAGUCUCAUUCAUGAGUCUGUACAAAUUCAUAACUUUUUCCCUAAUUAUGUUUGUAAGGAUGAAAUCAUGUGUACAUUUUUCCUAAUAGGACCAAAUUGGAAAACAUCUGUGAUACUUCGGACAUGCCUGGACCUUUACAUGUCUCAGCAGUUUCUUCUGCUUACUUAUGGACCUUUCCAUCCUGUCCUGAGUGACCAUGAACAAUUUCCCUAUCUGUAUCAGAUGGCCCCCAAGGAAACAUCUAUUUCCCUGGCCCUGGUCUCCUUCAUAAUUCAUUUUCAUUGGAAUUGGAUUGGGCUGGCCAUCUCAGACAAUGAUCAAGGUAUCCAAUUUCUAUCAUAUUUAAGAAGAGAGAUGGAAAAAUAUUCAGUCUGUUUUGCCUUUGUGAACUUGAUCACAGUCAACAUGUACUUAUACAUGAAAAGAGCUGAAGUAUAUUACAACCAAAUCUUGUCAUCAUCUGCAAAUGUUGUUAUCAUUUAUGGUGACACAGACAGUACUCUUGCUUUGAGCUUUAGAAUGUGGGAAUCUCUAGGUAUACAGAGAAUAUGGAUCACCACCUCACAAUGGGAUGUCACUACUAGUAACAGAGAUUUCAUAUUUGACAAAUUCUAUGGCACUCUUGCUUUUGGACCACACCAUGGUGAGAUUUCUGGUUUUAAAAAUUUUGUGCAGGCAUUGAACCCUUUCAAAUACUCAGAUAAAUAUUUGGUAAAGUUAGAGUGGAUGUACUUUGACUGUGAAGUCUCAGCACCUAACUGUAAGACACUGAAGAGCUGCUUAUCCAAUGAGUCAUUGGAAUGGCUAGUGGUACAGACUUUUGACAUGGCCUUUAGUGAUGACACUCAUGACAUAUACAAUGCUGUCUAUGCUAUUGCCCAUGCCCUCCAUGAGUACCUUCUUCAAGAAGAAGAUAAUCAGCAGAAGUACAGAGGGAACGAACCCAAUUCUCACUGCUUGAAGAUUCAAUCCUUUAUGAAGAAGACCUACUUCACUAAUCCUCUUGGGGAAAGAAUAAAUAUGAACCAGAGAGAAAAAAUGCAGGAAGAGUAUGACAUUUUCUACAUUUGGAAUUUUCCACAAGGUCUUGGACUUAAGGUGAAGAUAGGAAAGUUUAGUCCAUAUUUUCCAGGUGGAAAACAUCUCUGGUUAUCUGAAGACAUGAUAGAGUGGACCACAGGAAGUAAGCAGAUGCCGCCCUCUAUGUGCAAUAGUGAUUGUGGGCCUGGGUUCAGGAAAUUCUGGAAGGAGGGAAUGGCAACCUGCUGUUUUGAUUGUAUAAACUGCCAAGAAAAUGAAAUUUCUAAUGAGACAAAUGUGGAUCAAUGUAUCAGGUGUCCAGAGGACCAGUAUGCUAACCCAGAAAAGAAUCACUGCAUUCAUAAAGCUCUUAUCUUUCUGACCUAUCAAGACCCCUUGGGGAUGGCUCUUUCCUUAAUGGCCUUAUGCUUCUCUGCACUCACAGUUGUGGUACUUGGCAUCUUUGUGAAACACCAUGCUACUCCCAUUGUUAAGGCUAAUAACCGCACUCUCACCUACAUCUUGCUCAUCUCACUCAUCUGUUGUUUCCUCUGCCCUUUGCUCUUCAUUGGCCAUCCAAACUCAGCCACCUGCAUCCUACAGCAAAUCACAUUUGGAGUUGUAUUCACUGUGGCAGUUUCUACUGUAUUGGCCAAAACAAUUACUGUAGUUCUGGCAUUCAAAGUCACAGCCCCUCAAAGAAUGAUGAAGUACUUUCUUAUUUCAGGGACACCUAACUACAUCAUUCCCAUUUGCACUCUCAUCCAAGUUAUUGUAUGUGGAGUCUGGCUAGGAGUGUCUCCUCCUUCUGUGGAUAUUGAUUCACAAUCUGAGCAUGGUCAUAUCAUUAUUGUUUGCAACAAGGGCUCAGACACUGCCUUUUACUGUAUACUGGGAUACCUGGCCUGCCUAGCCCUUGGGAGUUUCAGUCUGGCUUUCUUGUCUAGGAACCUCCCUGGUACCUUCAAUGAAGCCAAGUUCCUGACAUUCAGCAUGCUGGUAUUCUGCAGUGUCUGGGUAACAUUCCUCCCUGUCUACCAUAGCACUAAGGGCAAAGUCAUGGUAGCUGUGGAGAUGUUCUCCACAUUGGCUUCUAGUGCAGGGAUGCUGGGAUGUAUCUUUGUUCCUAAGUGCUACAUAAUUUUGAUAAGACCAGAGAAAAAUUCUCUACAAAAGAUCAGGGAGAAAUCAUCUUCCCACACUCAUAUUUCAUGA